CUUUAUGACUAUAGUCUGUGACUGCGCACAAUAUGGCAAUUUGGAUAUUCAUGUAUAAUGUUUAUUUUUUUCUUUCAUGCUAUGCAAACAUAUGUUUCCAUGGUGUUGAUCGAAGAUCAAAUGAAGAUUCUGUGUAUAAUAAAGACUAUUUUUGUUGUGACUGCUAUGAAAAAAUAGGCACAGCAUGUGUUGAAUGUGAUAUAGGAUACACAUCAUCAAAAGGUGAGCCAUGCGAGCCUUGUUCUGGAAAAAGAUACGGAUAUCGAUGUGCUGAUAAAUGUCUGUUAUGUACAGCAAAUCAAAGGUGUGAUCAUAUUCAUGGAUGUAUGAAUGUAUCGACAACAGACAGCACACAGUUGUCAGAAUACAACGCCACUGCAGUUAUGGAGUUUUAUACAAACACUUCUACUAUUGUCGACAGAUAUGAUAUAUUUGUAAAUAAUGCAGUAUAUAUUAUGUGCCUUGGGUGUUGUUGUAUAUUCGGCAUAGUCUUAGCUGGAAUAAUUUCCUACAAACGACACAAGAAAAGAAGAACUAUUCUAAAUAGGCAUGCUCAUAAUGAAACAAUUCAACAUCCGACAGAAAUCAGAAUCGAAAGCAUCUACGAGGAAAUUGAUGACAUUACACUUCCAGAUCCUGAUCAACAACGAUAUCUAAAUGAUAUUAAUGUUGAAAAAUCUUCCAAUGAUUCGACAAGCUCAGAUAAAAAUAGUAUAUCAAACUCCGAAGAACAAUAUCUUAAUCCAUAUCAAAUAAUCGUUCAAAAUAUUGAAAAUCGCCCAUACAGUUUUAUAGGAAGAGGUGAAACAGAAAUAAUCAUCAAUGCAGAUACAACUGAAAGACUUGAGCAAUAUACAGAGGAAUCUGAUGAACGAAAAGAAAACAAUAUGAGAAAAGCAUCUUUGAAAAAAAAAUGUCAUUCCCUUAAUUAUUCUGAAAUUUUAUUUAUCAAAAGAACAGAAGCAGAUAAUGUAGAUAAAUACAAAAACACUCGAACAUUUUCAAAACAAUCUAAAUCGAAUCCGUGUUCGCAGGAUAACACGGAAUACGUUGAAAUCGUCCACACUGUAUAGCGUACACGCUAUUGAAAUAGUAAAGGAUCAUUUCUGCGUGUAGGAUGUCUUGAUGGAAAGAAAUAAUCCACGUAUACAGAAAAAAAAAAGUUUGAUUAAAUUUAGUCAUAUAUUUUAUCUAAACGGGCGACACAACCAUGAUUUUUAGUAUAUUCAUGUCAAAUGCCCUUGUCGAAUAAACAUUUGCUCUGUACAUACAUGUACAUACUAUUACCCUUUAUAUCAUUUGGCAAGGUAUGUUGCAGUGGUCAUGAAGUAUUAAGAUGAAUGUAAACUAUUGAACACGGAAUUAUAUAUUUACACAUUAAAUAAUAAUCCAUUUGGGUAGUUACUAUGCAUCUGUAAUUAUUUAUAUUUUCUUAACCAGUGUACGAUUGUAUUUCUUAUGUUAUUAAAAAUCUUAGAAAGGGAUUUAUUUUAGAUUAUGGCACAUAUAUUAACAUAUUAAAGAGUAGUUACCUUAAUGGUGCACUUAUUGGCAUUUGUACACACGGUGAAUAUUAUAUGUCACUUUCUAAAAAAGUUUACAAUCGAAAGUUGAUUAAAUAUGUUCGAAUCUCGUAAAGCCAUUUUACAUUUACAAAUCUAGAUAAAAACAAAACUUAAAGGAAUGGCAAUCAGGGGUGAGACUGGGUGCACAAUGUAAGCGCUCUUCCCAUGAAUAUACCAGCACCUAUACAAAAGUUUCCAAUAAGAUAUAAUAAAUAAAACGACCACGUAGUUUAUCCUUUACAUUGUAUACGUGUAUGCCAGGAGAUAGCAACAAAAGAAACUCUUCGUUAACUCCUGAAUUGCGCUUCGGACGAUUGAAAUUUAUAAAGUAUUGUUUUCAUUUUUCUGCAGAAGCACAACAUAAUACGAGUUAAAAGUUAUCCAUUUCUACAUCUAAUAUAAGGAUCGAAAUUGGCGAGAAGCUGAAUAAACAUCCGUUGGCAUACCAUGUUGUAAAAAUCUCGUUUUUAUAAUUAAUGCUCAUGAUUAUGAAAAAAAGAGCAAAGAAAAAGUCCCAAGAUUUUACUUCACAUAUGUUAACAAGAGAACAAAAAAACUACAAUUUAGAAAUUUUAACUGAGAUAACCUUUGUUUAACAGAAAUGUCCUUCAGUCUCUAAACAGACAAAACAGCAAAACUUUAUAUAUUCAUAUAUAAAUUGUAUUUCGUCUUUUAGUAUACCAUGUUAUAUUAAUUUUGAAAUGUUCGAUGCACAAUCAAGGAAAUAAUUAACUGAAUAUAAAAUCCAUAUUCUAUUAAAAAAUAUUUCCCUAAUAGAAACAACCAGACGAAUAAGGAUAUAUGUCUGGAAAUAUCACAUGAGAACAAUGGACUUCAAAAUUAUCUAUCACACAUUGACCCCAUACAACGCUUUUCAAUAGGCAUAUAACCUCGUUUUUUUGUAUGUUUAUAUUACAAGGUUGAACAUAUGCCGUACUUAAGAAGAGUUCUUAAACCGAACAGACUAAAAGAAAACAAAAAAGUUAAGAUCGCCAUGGAAAUAUUUUAAGUGUGAUUGAGAGAAACUAAAACAAUUGCAAAGAUUUAAAAAUAUUAUAUGUGUUUACGUUUAAAUAAAUCACAGUCUACAUAUACGCAUAUGUAUAUACGUACAAACAAAGAUAAAUAUGAUGCAAACGUUUUGAGCCAGUCUGUCCUGUCGUUUUCGUUGUAAAUUCCCAUAGAAUAUUGGAAAAUCAUAAAGAAUAUCAACAACAUAUAGAAUAAUAUGCAUUAUCGAUAUGUUUUAUUUUUUUAUAUAUCAGCUGUAUGUUGUAUAUAAGCAAUCAUUGUAGAAAUACCAUCUAACAUCUAGAAAA